AUGCGUGAUGCAGAGGGUCAAGAGGCCUUUGCUCUGGAGUUUGAGAGAGAUCAGCGAUCAGUUCUAGAAGCAGCGGCUGGUCCUUCACGCAUCGUCGUGGAUGACCCAUUAGCUGCAAACCCAGAAUCGCAAGCUGACAUGGGGCAAGCUGGUCUGGACAACCACAUGGAAUUUGACGCUGGAAACGAGGGUGUUCAGAGCCCAGUCUUAUCUGACGCUAGCAUGGCCAGCAAUACUGGUCCUGAAAACGUCCAAUCCCAGCCUGCAGUGCACAUUGCACACCCUCAUGAGUUCAAAACCGAGUUCCAUCCCUGUUCUGGCCGCAAGCCUCUACUCCAAGCAUUCAAAGAGUUUGGUGUUGCUUCGGAGACGCUUAAAGAACCUCCUGUGGAUGAAGCCCCUUGGCAUCCAUUUCAUUCAUGGGGAGACUUUGAGUUCUCUGAAAUCGCACUCAAAGCUGCCCUUAAUCAGGGCCAGGUCGACAAGCUCUUCAGUCUUAUCGUGCGCAUAGCGCAGGGCAACACCCAUGUCACACUGAAAAAUGAGGCCGAUCUCCAUAUGGCAUUAAACAAUGCUGCAGCUGAGUUGACGCCGAUUACAAAGAACAGUGAGUGCCCCGAUAUAUUUGCUUUCAUGGUUUUCAAUCACACUCGCAGAUGCAUGAUGUCUCUUAUUCGUGGUGUGCAAUGCAAGUGCCCAUGCCCCGUGUGCCUCGUACCACUCAAUGAGCUUUCUGACCUCUCCAAAACAUUCGCAAUCAGGACUGCGAAAGACACGCAGGAUGCACUCGUUGUAUAUAGACACAGCAAAACUCAAGGCGAGGAACUUUUGAAAUCACUAGGAUUGCGCGCAAACAUCCUCUGGCUCGUCAAGCACUCUGAUACCCAUGAUGCACUGAGCCUUGACCGAUUGCACACAGUGCAUGGCGGUCUUGGAGGAAAACAUCUACUAGAAGAGCUGAAGACCAUCAUCAGCAAUCUCGGACAUGAAGAGAUGGAAUCGGUCGAGAAACAGGUCACUGAAUUUCCUGGAUGGCGCGAUCUCAACCAUUUCGCUACCGUCAUUCACAUCACAUUCACUGAUGGCAACAAGAAGCGUGAUUUAGUCUUGCAAUCUUUCUAUGCGACACUCAAUGCUUUGGACCGCAGAAGUUGUUCGGAAGGCUAUCGCCUUCUGCAUGUUAUUUGCACCUAUCUCGAGUUGGACAGCCUGCUGGGGCUUGGUGUCCAUAUGGAGCGGACAAUUGCAAUGAUAAAGAACAAGCUCCUUGUAUUUGGUGCUGCACUGAAGGACUAUGUUGAUUAUGUUACUGAUACAUCCUCCAUGGAAGGCCUCAAGAAAGACUGGAACUUUCCAAAGGUGCACCUUUGGAAACACGUGCCAUGGGACAUCCAAAUGAAAGGUGUUGCAUGCAACUACAGCACGCGCCCUAACAAAAAACUUCAUGGCCCUCUGAAAACCGCCUAUCUCCUUCGAUUGAACGGAAAAGAUGUCGCUGUGCAGGUACUUCGCGUUGAUCAUCACAAGUUUGCAACCUUACUGUUGCGAGGAUGUUUGGACACACUCGACAAACAGCGCCGCCUUGAGGCGUUAGGUGACUCUGCGCUUGACGAGGACAACGACCAUGCUAUCACCUUUGAUGGGCAUGUGAAGCUUGGAUCCCCUCAACGUCCUGUCAGUAUUCAAGAACUCAAGAAUGUGCGGGGCCCCAAAGAUCAAGCAUUUCAGGGUUUCCGCAAAAAACUUGGCGACUUCGUCAACACAUCAUUGCCAACUUACGGAUACGAGCUAAUGAGGUGGAUUGUUCUCCCAGUUGAUUUCCAGAUACACGAACAUCAUUAUCUCAGGGUCAAUUAUGAGAACUCUGUCGACCAGAAGCAGUCAACCAACCAUCUCCAGUCCAAUCCCUCAUUUCAUGGGCAUCCGCGCUUCAACUGCGCACUUAUACAACUUACAGCAGACAGGACGGUCUUCAUUUGGCUGAUACUGAUGUUCAAAUGCAAACUUCUGGAUAUUGGGGCCUUCCAGUUUGCCCUUGUUCAACCGUAUACCACUGGUGUUCCGUCCCCAGGGCAGAUUCAAUCACCAUCCCGCUCAAGUCCUUCAUUUGAGGCACUUUGUUGUGUCCCAAUCCUACACACCAAGCGACAUGUUCCUCCGCAUGAAGUCAUGGGCACAUUGAUAAGUCAACAGCAACAGCGGCAGAGUGUUGCUCCUUCUCUCCCACACUCUCCUUCAACCUCACCCCCAACCACAGCAGCAGCAACAACAAUGGCAGUGCCGUGCUUCUCCCUCUUUCCCAUUCCACUUCAACCUCACCCCCAACUGCAACUGCAACUGCAGCAGUGCGCUACUCCCUCCCUCCUUCACUCUCCUCUAAUCUCAUCCCCAACUGCAGCAGCAACAACAACAACAGCAACACCAGGGGUCCAGGUGUGCUCCUCCCUCCCCUCUCACCACCCCCAACUGCAGCAGCAGCAACAACAGCACCAGGGGUCCAGGUGCACUCCUCCCUCCCUCCCUCCCUCUCCUCUAACCACCCCCAACCGCAGCAGCAGAGCAGCUGCUUCCUCUCUUCCUCUCUCUACUAACCUCACCCCCAACAGCAGCAGCAGCGGUUUGUUCGAUGGUUCAGAAGGCGAGAAAUUUGAAGCUGACAUUGACGCUGAAUUGUCGGAUGACGACAACUCGAGCGGCAAUGAGCUUUCAACCUUGAGGAUUAUCCUGUCCGUCCCUCCACCGGAUGCGCCCAUGCAUGAGGUUCGCAAGGCUCUUGAGACCGCGCAGCAAGCGUAUAACUCCCUGUGGGUUGAGUUUAAAGGUCUUAAGAAGGACUACCUUGCCUUCUCGGCAACUGUCCCUGCCCGCAGCCGAAACCAUGCACUCAAGAAGAUGUCCUUGCUUGACGCGAAAAUCGCCGCCGAAGGGAAGAAGUACACGUUGUUCUACCAUUUCUGGGUCAUCCCCGGUGUCUUCCUGACAACGCCUCAGCCUGACAUGGACCCGCGUAGUCCUACAUGUUGGGCAUCUCCCGAGGCUAAGCUCAACAGGUCUAUGACAGAGCUGUACAAGUGUGUGUCCAAGGACUUACACAGCUCCAUGGAGAAAUACAUGGUGUUUGACUCAUUGUCACUUCAGUCAACCACUUGA